ACGUUCACAACCCGGGUCCACCUUCAAACAACUUCCUGUUUGUGUAUUAGCGGAUAUGAAGGAGUUUUUCCACUGUUCUCAUUCCUCUACUUCCCAAUUCUACUUUUGAUUUAAUACGUGACUAAAACUGAGGACUAAAGAUGUCUGAAACCGGGAACCGACUACGGAAGCUUCUCGAAUCGCCCAAUUUCGACCCGCAAAGCUACGUGAAACAGUUGUCCCAGCAGUCCGACGGAGACAGAGACCUGCAGGAGCAUCGGCAGAAAAUCCAGAAUCUAGCCGACGAGACGGCCCAGAACCUCAAAAAGAAUGUUUACAAGAACUACAGGCAGUUCAUCGAGACGGCCAAGGAGAUCUCAUACCUGGAGAGCGAGAUGUACCAGCUGAGCCACAUCCUGACCGAGCAGAAGAGCAUCAUGGAGAGCAUCACUCAGUCCCUGCUCUCCACGGAUAAAGAUGAGACCUCCAAAGAAAUGCAGGCAGCCUUCCCCAAAGAGACAGAGGAGCUGAAGCAGAGGACGCUCACCUCCCUGCUGGAGAAGGUGGAAGGAGCAAAGAACAUCAUGGACACCCCGGGGAGACACCUGGUCUACAAUGGAGACCUGGUAGAGUUUGACGUGGACAACAUGUCUCCCAUCCAGAAGGUUCACGCUUUCCUCAUGAACGACUGCCUGCUGAUCGCCACCUGGUUACCCAACCGCAGAGGCACGGUGAAGUACAAAUACAACGCCUUGUACGACCUUGAGAGCUUCGCCGUGGUGAACGUGAAGGACAACCCCCCCAUGAAGGACAUGUUCAAGAUCCUCAUGUUCCCCGACAGCCGCAUCUUCCAGGCGGAGAACAGCAAAGUGAAGAAGGAGUGGCUGGAGAUCCUGGACGAGACCAAGAAGAACAAAGUUUCCAAGGAGAAGCACAAGAAGGAGGAGGAGGUCCCUACGUCUCCGGUGCGGRCCGAGGUGUCCACCAACCCCUUCGACAUGGAGGACGAGGAAACGGUGGGGUCGGAGGACGGCGUGGAUCUGAGCAUGGAGUGGAUCCAGGAGCUGCCGGAGGAUCUGGACGUGUGCAUCGCGCAAAGGGACUUCGAGGGCGCAGUGGACCUGCUGGACAAGCUGAAUGGGUAUCUGAAGGACCAGCCGGCGACGCCGAAGGUGAAGGAGCUCCGGGCGAAGGUGGAUGAGCGUGUGAGGCAGCUGACGGAGGUCCUGGUGUUUGAGUUGUCUCCUGAUCGUUCCCUUCGCGGUGGACCUAAAGCGACCCGGCGGGCGGUGUCCCAACUCAUCCGACUUGGUCAGUCCACCAAAGCAUGCGAACUCUUCCUGAAGAACCGCGCCGCCGCCGUCCAGACAGCGAUCCGGCAGCUUCGCAUCGAAGGAGCCACGCUUCUCUACAUCCACAAGCUCUGCAACAUCUUCUUCACCAGCUUGCUGGAAACCGCUAAAGAGUUUGAAAUGGACUUCGCGGGCAACACGGGCUGCUACUCGGCCUUCGUGGUCUGGUCCAGGUCGGCCAUGACCAUGUUUGUAGACGCCUUCAGCAAACAGGUGUUUGACAGUAAGGAGAGUCUGUCCACAGCAGCCGAGUGCGUGAAAGUGGCCAAAGAGCACUGCCAGCAGCUGACCGAGAUCGGCCUGGACCUGACCUUCACUCUGCAGUCACUGCUGGUUAAGGAUGUCAAGGCGGCCCUGCAGAGCUACAAGGAUAUCAUCAUCGAAGCCACCAAGCACAGGAACUCGGAGGAGAUGUGGAGGAGGAUGAACCUGAUGACCCCUGAGGCUUUGGCCAAACUCAAGGAAGAGAUGCGCAGUUGUGAUAUCAACUUCCAGCUGUACACAGGCGACGACUGCUGGGUCAACCUGAGCUACACGGUCGUAGCCUUCACCAAGCAGAUGAUGAGCUUCCUGGAGGAAGGCCUGAAGCUCUACUUCCCCGAGCUGCACAUGGUGCUGCUGGAGAGCCUGCGGGAGAUCAUCCUGGUGGCCGUGCAGCACGUCGACUACAGCCUGCGCUGCGAGCAGGACUCCGACAAGAAGUCCUUCAUCCUGCAGAACGCCAGCUUCCUGCACGACACCGUGCUGCCGGUGGUGGAGCGGCGCUUCGAGGAGGCGGUGGGGAAGCCGGCCAAGCAGCUGCAGGACCUGAGGAAGAGCACGAGGCCGGUGCGGAUCAACCCUGACAGCACCACUUCCUUGGUGUGAGGCGGUCGGGAACGCCCACGCAUCCGUUCCCUCCCUGCAAUUUCACAGCUGACUGAAACRCUAAUUGCUGCUUUUUGUUGUGAGGCUGCAGCAGCAGCAAAAUGAAAACAGUAAGCUCACCAUUUCUGUUCUCACAUAAAGGUUUAUUUUAGYUUAUGRAAAUAAUUCCUCAUCAAGAGUUGGACAUAGCAAAUACACUGCAAAAACAAAAUCUUACCAAGUAUCUUAGUGUAGUUUCUAGUGUAAAUAUCKUACUACACUUAAAAUAGUAACCUUGUUUUAUGUCAAUAAUUCCCUAAUAUUGAUGAAAAGUUCCAGUUCUAUUGGCAGAUUAUUUCACUUAUAAC